AGCGUUAGUGACCAUCAACGCCCCCUUUUCGCGUUGCCUUUGUGCUGUGUGUUGUGUUUGUGUGCGGCAUAAAAACAAACAGAUCGAUCUCCUUCGCUAUUAUAACUUGUGAGUUGCAAUGGGUGAGCGGUACAACAUUCACAGUCAGUUGGAGCACUUGCAGUCCAAAUACAUUGGUACCGGACACGCGGACACAACAAAGUUUGAGUGGCUCGUGAACCAGCACCGAGACUCCUACUCCUCCUACAUUGGCCACCAUGACCUCUUGAACUUCUUCGCCAUCACAGAGAAUGAGACCAAAGCUAGGAUGAAGUUCCAGCUCAUGGAGAAAAUGCUGCAACCCUGUGGACCUCCUCCAGAGAAGCCGGAAGACUAAGAAGUGUGAUCAGUGUAUGUACUUAAGUUUUAAGUUGUGGAAGUAAAGAAAAUAAA